CACUGAAUAAAACUUACGAGUACGAUAUAAAUAAUAUGUCACUUGAUCGAUUGAUCACAACAUAUGACGAAAAAGUAAAAAAAAAAACACGAGUGAAAAGGAAAGAGAGAGAGGGACAGCAUAGCAUUAGGAGGUCACUUAAUUAGGUAGACUAAUAAGAACGAGAAAGAAGGGAAUAUCCUUUAAACUCUAACAAGAUACCAUUUGAAGUUGUUAAUUAAGUCCUGAAAUUUGGCAAAUAUUAUCUCUCAUAUAAAUAUACAUCUUUGUGUUGUUCUUUUCUCCCAUCUUUUUUCCCCAUCACAUAAAUCAAACAAAAUUGUUUUAAACUAAACCCAAAAAAAAAAAAAACAACACAUUAUUUUAAGAGAUCUAAACCCCUUCUUUUGUUGUUUUUCUUCACUUAUUUUUUGUCAGACUAUUUGUAAACUGUACGUCAGCAACCUUAAACUGACAAAAUUAAUUCAGGUGAAAACAACAGAAGAAGAUUAAAGUGUCAUGGCGAAGGAUCAAUUACAUGUCCUAAAUGCCUUAGAUGUAGCCAAGACACAAUGGUACCAUUUUACGGCGAUUGUCAUAGCAGGGAUGGGCUUCUUUACGGACGCCUACGAUUUGUUCUGUAUAUCCUUAGUGACAAAACUCCUAGGACGGGUUUAUUUUCACGUGCCCGGCUCAGGAAAGCCGGGCACAUUACCUCCUAGAUACUCCUCGGCUAUCAAUGGAGUAGCCUUGGUAGGGACUCUAGCCGGGCAACUCUUCUUUGGCUGGCUCGGUGACAAGCUGGGCCGAAAAAAGGUCUAUGGACUAACACUAAUGCUCAUGUGUCUUUGUUCCGUGGCCUCGGGUCUCUCCUUUGGGAGUAACCCGAAUUCUGUGAUGGUCACCCUUUGCUUCUUUCGGUUUUGGCUUGGGUUUGGGAUUGGUGGGGAUUACCCCUUAUCCGCCACCAUCAUGUCCGAGUAUGCUAAUAAGAAGACCCGUGGAGCGUUCAUUGCAGCCGUGUUUGCUAUGCAAGGGUUCGGGAUCCUUUCUGGUGGUGUAUUCGCAAUUUUGAUCUCUGCUGCAUUCGACGCUAGGUUUCCAGCUCCAUCGUAUGAAGACGAUCCAAUUAAGUCCACAAUCCCACAAGCAGACUUCGUCUGGAGGAUCAUACUAAUGGUUGGAGCACUACCAGCACUUAUGACAUACUACUGGCGAAUGAAGAUGCCUGAGACUGCAAGGUAUACCGCGCUGGUUGCAAAGAAUACUAAGCAGGCGGCUGCUGAUAUGGGGAAGGUAUUAAAUCAAGAGAUCGAAGAGGAGCAGCCUCAAGGGGUGGAGAAGUUGGGGACAAAGACCAUUUGGGGUUUGUUCUCCAAGGAGUUUGCUCAACGUCAUGGUCUGCACUUACUAGGAACUGCUAGUACUUGGUUCUUACUUGACAUCGCGUUUUAUAGUCAGAAUCUUUUUCAGAAGGAUAUUUUUAGUGCUGUGGGGUGGAUCCCGGCUGCUAAAUCAAUGAACGCGAUCCAAGAGGUGUAUAAGAUUGCUCGAGCUCAGACUUUGAUCGCGUUAUGUAGUACUGUUCCUGGGUACUGGUUUACUGUCUUCCUCAUUGAUAGGAUUGGGCGGUUUGCUAUCCAAAUUUUGGGGUUUGCCAUGAUGACAGUAUUCAUGUUUGCCCUCGCAAUUCCUUACAACCAUUGGACUCACCCGGAGAACAGGAUUGGGUUCGUUAUGAUGUAUGCCUUAACCUUCUUCUUUGCCAACUUUGGCCCCAAUGCUACCACAUUUGUGGUUCCUGCAGAGAUCUUCCCUGCGCGGCUAAGAUCUACUUGUCAUGGGAUAUCAGCUGCCGCUGGGAAGGCAGGUGCCAUAGUUGGCGCGUUUGGGUUCUUAUAUUUGGCUCAGAAUACUGACCCAAAGAAGACAGACCAAGGUUACCCUCCAGGCAUUGGAGUGAAAAACUCGCUCAUUGUUCUAGGUGUUAUUAAUUUGCUAGGGCUGUUCUUUACCUUCUUGGUGCCUGAGGCGAAGGGGAAAUCUUUAGAAGAAAUCUCGCGGGAAAAUGAAGAUGAUCAGGAAGAAGAACCAUCCAUAGUUUGAGUUUGUUUGGGAUUUCUAGUGUAGUUUAAGAUCAGUUUUCCAAUGUCUACUGUAGUGUGAUCAAUGUUUCUUUCUUAUUUCUCAGGUACUAGUUUCUCUACGACAUUAGUUGUGUCGAGUGUGCUACAUUGUUGCAUAAAUUGUGUUGAGUGUUUAAGUAGGUUGUGAAGGAAUCUAUCGUGUUUGGAUUGUUGGAACAGGGGCUGAAAAUCAUUGCAUUGUUUAUUUUAUAACGUCAGCCAUUGCAACUUACAGAUGAA